CCCACAGGUGUACCAUAGACGACCGAGUCACCCGGGUGGCCUGGCUAAACCGCAGCACCAUCCUCUACGCUGGGAAUGACAAGUGGUCUAUAGACCCUCGUGUGGUCAUCCUGGUCAACACACCAACCCAGUACAGCAUCAUGAUCCAGAACGUGGAUGUGUAUGACGAAGGCCCCUACACCUGCUCUGUGCAGACGGACAACCACCCCAAGACCUCCCGGGUCCACCUCAUCGUGCAAGUCCCUCCACAAAUCAUGAACAUCUCCUCAGAUAUCACUGUGAACGAGGGAAGCAGCGUGACCCUGCUGUGUCUUGCUAUUGGCAGACCAGAGCCAACUGUGACGUGGAGACACCUGUCUGUCAAGGAAGGCCAGGGCUUUGUGAGUGAGGACGAAUACCUGGAAAUCUCUGACAUCAAACGUGACCAGUCCGGGGAGUAUGAAUGCAGCGCCUUGAACGAUGUGGCUGCUCCUGAUGUGCGGAAAGUCAAAAUCACCGUAAACUACCCUCCCUAUAUAUCAAAAGCCAAGAACAUGGGUGUGUCCGUUGGUCAGAAGGGCAUCCUGAGCUGUGAAGCGUCUGCCGUGCCCAACGCUGAAUUCCAGUGGUUCAGGGAAGACACCAGGCUAGCCACCGGCCUGGACGGCGUGAGGAUUGAGAAUAAAGGGCGCAUAUCCACUCUGACUUUCUUCAAUGUUUCAGAAAAGGAUUAUGGGAACUAUACUUGUGUGGCCACAAACAAGCUUGGGAACACCAACACCAGCAUCACACUGUAUGGGCCUGGAGCAGUCAUUGAUGGUGUAAACUCGGCCUCUAGAGCGCUGGCUUGUCUCUGGCUAUCAGGGACCCUCUUUGCCCACUUCUUCAUCAAGUUUUGAUAAGAAACCAUAGGUUCUCUGAGCAACGCCUGCUUCUCCAUAUCACAGACUUUAAUCUACACUGCGGAGGGCAAACCAGUUUGGGCUUCUUUUUGUUUCUUUGUUUCUGAUAUUCUCUCUUGAUUUUUUUUAAAUUUUUAUUCUUCAGUUUUGUUUGUUUAUUUGACUUUUUUUCCCAGUUUCAAUGAGUGGGGUUGGGGGAGGGGAGGGCAGGGUUCUACCAUGUGUAGGCUAAUCACUCAUUGGUGUGUCCAAAAAUGGAAUCUGUUCCUGCUCCCUGAGCUCUUCCCUUUUCUCUGCUUCCCUCCCCAUCAUCACCACCACCAACCUCUCCUGUCCCACACACCAAAACAUGAGCUCCAUUUGGGCAAAACCGUGCCUCGUGAUAAACACCCUGAAGACACAACUUGACUUAUAAUGUAGUGCACAGCAAGAGUUAUAUCCAAGUGUCCUAUUAUCUGUGUCUUUUAAGCUUUGGGUCAUUUUCCUGAUUACAAUGUACAUAUCCC